UAGGCAUUUGAGAAGGAAGGAGUUGCUGAUUCUCAGUUUCAUUGGUACCCUUUUUUGGGGUUCAUCUGAAUUGAACAGAAAGAUUGGAACUUUGAUGUAAAAAAGUGAUCUUUGGGUUGGGAGGUUUAGUGGGUAGUGGUGGUGGUGGUGGUCAAAGGAGGAGCUUUUGGUCUUUGGUCUUCUUCAACAUCAUCUGGGCCUUGAUUCUUAAUCACUCAGCUUUCAGGUGUUUGUUUGAUCUUGGACCCUUGGUGCAUCCAGUUGAUUGUAAGCGGCUGUUCAUUGAGCUGGUAGCAGCUGAGGCGCUUAAGAUUCAUGGCUGGCGUGGAUGAUAAUGUUGCUAUAAUUGGAGACUGGGUGCCUCCGAGUCCGAGCCCAAGAGACUUCUUCUCCUCAAUAUUAGUUGACGGCAUUGGCUCAAGGUCGUUCUUGGACUCUCCUAACAGUAACGAAGCUGAGGAUUUCUUCCUGGGGUCCCGAGAAGGAAAUACCAACGGAAAUAACAUGUCACAAGGAAAUGGUAGUGGUGAUGACAUAACUAAAAUGGAUUCAUUUUCAGAGUACAAGUCUAACUCACGUGGGGGACUCGUGGAAAGGAUUGCAGCCAGAACUGGUUUUAAUGCUCCGCGGUUAAAUACAGAAAGCAUUAGAUCUUCUGACCUUUCACUUAAUUCUGAUGUUCGGUCUCCUUAUCUGACAAUACCCCCUGGUCUCAGUCCAACCACGCUACUGGACUCUCCUGUCUUCCUUUCAAAUUCAUUAGCACAGCCUUCUCCAACAACUGGAAAAUUUCCAUUUGUCUCAAAUGGUAAUGGCAGGAAUUCCAUAUUGAUGUCGGAGGCUGCUGAUAAAACUAACUUCUUUGAGGACAUGAAUACUUCAUUUGUUUUCAAGCCUCUUGGCGAAUCAGGCUCUUUCUUUCUUGCUCCGACAAGCAAGCAAUCCUUUUCCAGCAUUGAGGUUUCAGUCCAGUCAGAAAACUCGUCUCAAAGUAUGGAACCCUCCAGAGUUCAAAAUCAGAAUGCAAACAAUUUUCAGCUCCAGCCAGAUUUUUCUCUCACAUCUACUGAAAAAGAUAACGGAGCAAAUACAGUCUCUGCAGAUCCUAUGGCUUUAGAUACAGUUGGUGGCAGUACUGAACAUUCUCCACCUCUUGAUGAGCAACCAGAGGAAGGAGGAGAUCAACGAGGUGGUGGUGAUUUCACGGCUGCUGCCGGUGGAGGUACAGCAUCUGAAGAUGGAUAUAAUUGGAGAAAAUAUGGGCAAAAACAAGUAAAAGGCAGUGAGUACCCUCGAAGUUAUUAUAAGUGCACACAUCCAAAUUGUCAGGUUAAGAAAAAGGUUGAGCGAUCUCAUGAGGGUCAUAUAACAGAGAUCAUCUACAAAGGGGCCCAUAACCACCCUAAACCCCUUCCCAGUCGUAGAUCAGGGGUCAUUGGGUCUUCUAACUUACUCAUUGACAUGCGAUCAGACAUCCUUGAACAAGGUGGACCUCAGACAGGUACUGAUGGUGAUCAGGUUUGGGCAAGUGCACAAACGGCAACUGGUGGAGCUCCUGAUUGGAAGCAUGAUAACCUUGAGGUGACUUCAUCAGCAUCAGCGGGUCCUGACUACGGCCAGCAAUCCACUUCUAUGCAGGCUCAGAAUGGUGCACACCUUGAAUCAGGUGAUGUGAUCGACGCAUCAUCUACCUUUUCCAAUGAUGAGGAUGAAGAUGAUCAAGGAACGCAUGGUAGUGUUUCAUUAGCUUAUGAUGGUGAAGAAGAUGAGUCAGAGUCGAAAAGAAGGAAAAUUGAAGCCUUUGCAACAGAAAUGAGUGGAGCAACCAGAGCUAUUCGGGAGCCUAGAGUCGUAGUCCAGACUACCAGUGAAGUUGAUAUCCUUGAUGAUGGGUAUCGUUGGCGAAAGUAUGGGCAGAAAGUAGUGAAAGGGAAUCCAAAUCCAAGGAGCUACUAUAAGUGCACCAAUGCUGGUUGUACAGUGAGGAAGCAUGUGGAGAGAGCGUCUCAUGACCUCAAGUCAGUCAUCACCACAUAUGAAGGAAAGCACAAUCAUGAGGUUCCCGCUGCUCGCAAUAGUAGCCAUGUCAAUUCUGGCCCUUCAGGCAACAUGUCUGGUCAGGGGUCUGGCUCUGCUUCACAAGCUCAUCCUCAUCGGCCAGAGUCAUCACAAGUUCACAAUAGCAUGGCAAGAUUUGAAAGGCCAAUGUCAAUGAGUUCAUUCAGCUUACCUGGAAGGCAGCAGCUGGGUCAUCCCCAGGGUUUCUCUUUCGGAAUGAACCAUCCUGGCCUGGCCAAUCUGGCAAUGGCCGGAUUUGGUCCUGGCCAACACAAAGUCCCUUUUCUACCAGUUCAUCAUCCCUACUUUGCUCAACAGCGUCAGGUCAGUGAAAUGGGUUUCAUGUUACCAAAAGGAGAACCAAAAGUAGAGCCAAUGUCAGAACCUGGUUUUAACAUGAACAAUGCUUCAUCUGUAUACCAACAACUUAUGAGUAGGCUUCCCCUUGGACCACAGAUGUAGAGUUUCACCCUUUUGUUUCUUUUAAAUCUUUGAAGGAAAGUGGCAUUUAAGCGAACUACAUAUUUCAAUAUAUAUACAUGGUAAUGUUGCUCA